AUGCCGCCAGCUGUUCUUGCGUCUUGCUAUCACUGUGCGCGACCCCUGCAGGUCUGUCUCAACACCUAUCGCUCGGUGAUCAGCAGCAGCAGCGCGAUGUCCGGGAAGCGAUCCAAGCCGCAGGCCAAAAAACAAGUCAAUCUGGCGGUGCGAGUUCAUUUCUGCCUCCUGCCGGCAUUCUCUGACACAUCUAAGGACUAUGCGCCUGGCCCAUCGGACAGCAGAUGGAAUCCCGCGAAGGAUCCCGCGACCGUCUUUCGGAAUGAGGACGGAGGAAGCCAUGCUCCCGUAGGUGACCAGCUCGUACCCCGCCUUCCCGCACCUCCCGGGCUCCCUCCGGCGCUCGCGCUAAAUAAGGGCAAGAUAAAGGAGCUUUUUCAAGGCCGAGAGCUCGCGCAGCAGCCAAGCCAGUCAAAGUCGGAUGGAUCGUCCGGCUCGCUUGAGGCGGCCGCCGAAGGCCAGUAUCCUCCGGGUUUUUGGGGUGUGGUCGCCGACGGAUUCGAUGGCAAGAACGUGAUCGAUGCGGGUGACGUGCAGAUGGGCGAGCCGGGGGAUUCAUUGCACGGGUCUCGGCGGCGCGCGGAAGCGAUCUUGGAAGAUAGCACCACCGAGGCGGCCGGAAUGGAGGUGGACGGCAGUGACGAGGAGCCGCUACAAGUCAAUCGCGCGAAUGAGGCCUACGUCGACAGCGAUACGGAUGAAGGAAGUGUAGAUCAGUAUGCGGGUGGAGAUGAGGAGGCCGAUGAGGAUGAGGAGGCUGCUGAUGGAGAGGAGGAUGAGAAGGCGGCCGCGGGUGGACAGGAAGCGGAUGACGAGAGCAGCGACCGUGAGGAUUACCAGGACGGGGAACCGCCCGGUGUAGACGCUGAUAGUGCUGAGGUGGAGGCCACAAUGAAGCCGUCGGACGAUGGAAUGGACCUGUACCGCCCGCGCGAACGGUCAACCAGCGCCGUACGCACGGAACCAGAACUGGACAGCGAGGGAAACUCCCCUCCGCGCCCAGUGCCUGCCGCGCUCACUCAGGAUCCUGCCUCACCCAUGUCAGUCGGGCGCCCGCGUCGCCUUGUAGGUAGUUCUGCGGGCGGAGGGGCGAAGCAGACAAGGGUGCACAUUCCUGACGUCGAUUCCGACGAAGAAUUCGAGUUACCGCGGCCGCCCGUGUAUAAGCCUCCACCAAAGGCGAUUGUGGGCAGCCAUCCACCCCGGCGAGACUCCGUCCAACGCCGGCCCCAUCCCGUCCCCUCUGAGGUCGCUCCAGGCCCGCCCCCAGUGACUCCGCCCCAGCGCCGGCGCCAUCCUGUCCAUCCUGCGGUCGCUCCAGGCCCACCCCCAGUGACGCCGCCCCAGCGCCGGCCACAUCCCGUCCCCCCUGUGGUCGCUCCAGGACCGCUCCCAGUGACGCCGCCCCAGCGCCGGCCACCUGCCUCAGAUGCGCCUCCACCUCCGCAGGCCGCUCCGCGGAAGUUGCCAAGGCCCCGCCCCCCCCUUCCGCGCAAGCCUGCCGCAGCAACGGCCGUCGACUUGGCUGACGAUGACGACUUGCUUCUCCCCACUGCAGCGGAUCAUGUGCGGGAGAGAGCAGUUGCUAUCCUGCGCAUUGAGUCGUGCAUGGGCAUGGGCCUAGUUUGUGUCGUCAGGGAGGACAUGGGUUAUCCGCAGUACAAGGUCGUUCUUAAGACGCAGCAUGGGAACCGCGAGAUCGAUCCGGUGAACUGGGAGCGAUUCCUCGAAUUGAUAAGGACGGGCAACUUCAGACCGCGCAGCGCCGAAAACGCUAUCGUCAUCUUCGUCCCCGACGGCAUUAUUGACGAGUCCUCCCUGACCCUACGCAUGGACGCCGCUCUCCAGACCGUUCGGCUGCUCGAUGGCGCGGCCGGCACGGCGCUUCAGGGGAAUGGUAAUCACCGCGCGGAGGCGCAGAGGCUGCUUUUUUGGACGGCGCAUCGGCUUACCCACCGGAAGGACGACCCGUCCGUGUGGACGCCUGCCUUGCUGGAGGAUGCGUUGGAUCCUAACGGACACGGGGUCUGUGCCGCAGUUUUCUACCGCCUGUCCGUCCUGGAACAGUCCCCGUACGGGAAGCAGCUCAUGCUCGACCUGGUGACGAACAACAAGAUGGGUGUCCUCGGCGAUGCGCCCGCGCGCCAACUGUACCGCCUCAUGCUGCAGCUGUAUUAUGCCAAGGGGCAGGCGGAGCGGAUGGUUGUCUACGGCGAUGCGACGAGUAACGCGUACAGUCCCGUUGUCAAGAUCAUCAUGACCAGCCAGCAGCAGGCACGCGAGAUACUGCCGGACUUUGCCGUGUGCCGGCCGUUCACACGCGACGCUGCCGCGCUGGAGAACUCGUUCGACGUAUCGGCAUACUUGGUUUUAGGCAAGGGAUUUAUUACGAUUAUUUCGCUGUAUUGGUUGAGCACAAAAGCCCUCCUCUUUAAAGGAAUGCACGUCCCGUUCACUGUUGACAACGUGCUCGAGCGUCCGGUGGGUGACGCGGAGGUCGCCGAGUUCUUCCUGCAGCAAGACCUUGCCUGGAGCGACAUUCGCAUGUCCCGCUUCAAAGAUGCCGUCCUCCUGGUAUGCGAUAUCGUCGUUGGCGUUGCCGAGGAAGUCUUCGGCACUAUUCCGGGGCCCGUGUUCCUAACUAGAAUGGGUGACCAGCUCUUCGACGGCGCAUGCGAUAUGAACGAGCGGGAGCAGGGAGCGCAGUGGCUAGCCCAAAUGCGUGAAGCAUAUCGCACGAUGCAUGGCAAGUUGAAGGCAGCGUUGGAGAAAUUCCUUGCACAGGAACAUCCGCCCGACAUUGCGAAAGAUAUCGAUACGCUCACGCUCCGCACGCUCCCCGACUUCAUCUACGCCCUCUCACUUCUCGAUCCUAUUGUCACGCCGAUCACGCCGAUGAAGUGGAGUGCGCGGCUACCCUUCUUCUGCCCCUCCAUUCUGCACAUCCUCCUCAAGGAGCUCUCCAAGGACCGCUACACUGUGAUUGCCAAGUGGCAUGUGACGUUGAUACUGUCAAUGAUCAUUCCUGGCAUACGCGCGCAGGCCGUGCGGCCGGGUAUAACGUCCGACAAGGUCAUCAAUCUCAUGUCUCCGUUCGACUUGUUCCGGGCGUGGACAAUAAAGAACGCGGAACGCCUGGGCUAUCGCGGUCCCGCCGAUCGACUGCCUUUGGCAUUGGAUACCUCGAUUAUGAGUAUCUUGAGCUACAUCCUCGAGGCCCGGGCAUUUCUCAGCGAUAGUGCUGUAGUUCGUGAUCUUGCUGGCGUCCAAUCGCUCCAGUCCAAGCACACGGACCGGCUGGGGAUGGUCGAUGUGCUGAUGGGCGUCUUGAAGCAGUGGUGGAAUCAGUGGGUUAUAACUCGCCGGACGAACAAGUCGGCGGCAUGCGCCAUGGAGCGCGACAUUCCCGACAGUGCCGUCCAGCAGUACCGGAAGCUUGGAUCGCUCCCGGACGCCUUUCUCUCAUCCCCCGACGGAGAGGGAAUGCUGUCAAUUUGCUUGGACAUGCUGCGCAUGUGGCCUCAUGGGGUGCUCUGCCGUGCUGCUGACCUUCCCUCCUACGCGGCGAGCGCCCUCACCUACCAGAAGACGGUUUGCACCGCUGCCGUAGACGCAUUCUAUUCCGUCACGUUAACGCGCAUCUUCCUCGCCGACGAAGAGCACCAAAUCAUGGACCAUCUGUUUAGCGCCGUCAAGACAGCUGUCACGGAAGCCCUACGCCUGCCGCACCCGUUUGAGCCGUUCUCCCGCGCUGCCAUUUUCGAGCCAUCACCGGCCGACGUGACGAAGUACGGCUCCUUCGCGGCGUACUCUUCGCGCAUGCCUAGCAAAGAGUGGAAUAGCGCGGGGUAUGAGGAGUGCGAAAUCUCUCUGGCGGACACAGUCCCUGCCGCAGCUGGCGCGGUCGUGAACGCCGAAGAAGGCGGGCUCGGGAGUGCGCCGGACGAUGUUGGCAGUGGCGCAUCUGACGGCGCCUCAGGCCGGGAGGGCCCCAGCGGCAGUCGAGGCGAGGGCAAAUCCCGGCGAGUACAGACAACCUUGGCCCCUCCGCCUUCCGUUGCUCUGCCGCGAUCUACCGAUACUGUGCAUCCAGUCUUUGCGCCUACGGUCGAGCAUUACGGAGGCGACAUGGCGCGGAUCCACCGCGCUCUGGACGAUUCUGCGCGGGAGAAAGCACAGGCGAGCGUUCAAGGUCUCACUGACUAUACACGCUCCUUUUUCAGCAGCAAGAUGAAGAUCCUCCCUAGCGUCGAUGAUCGUGGGGAGCAGACUAUCGAGGAGGAAAUGCUAACGACCUUGCGCCAUGCACACAGCCUUGCCUGUAAAUACAUCGCACACUUUCACGGCGGCCAGACGGCGGAGGAUCGUGAAGCUGCGCACGCACUCUUGCUCAGCAAGGUCCCCCUGCCUGGCGUUGCGGCUACCCCCGAAGAGCUGAAGGCCUUUCUGGACGGCACGCCGUCAGGGAAGGGCCAGGCGGGCGCGGUGAUUAAGCUCAUGCAACCUACGGCAGUGCAGAACGCGGCGAAGGGCCCGCAGGCAAAGAAGAAGACGGCGGAUUCGGGCGGCGCGCGUGGACACAGCAGGACGGGCGCGAUGCCCGCCGCUGACGUUGCUGCUGCCGCCCAGAUUGACAAGCCCUCGGAUGCAGGCGCGGCGAAAGCGGGCCCUUCGAUGCCGCCUUACGAGCCGUCCGAGCAGCCAUCCGCUGAGAUGGCGGAUAGUCCUCGUCGUUCUGGUUUGCAUGCUGGGCACCGGUCCGUAGAACGUGGUCGCACGCCCAGGACCCUGUCCAGCGGGCCUCCUAUCCUCCAGCCCCAGCCGCCCGCCCGCCGAAGAGGAAAGGAGAGGAUGGCUUACAAGAGCGAUGAGUUUGUCCGCGAGGAUCCGUCGCAGGAGCGGCUGCCCGGGACGUCCUUCCUGCCUACCCAUGUCGAUUAUAUCUCUACAGGAGCGGGUCGCCUUCGUUUACCACGGGCGCAUGGAGAUAGCUCGGGUGGUGCGUCCGAUAGCGACGCGCUCGCGACAUCCGACAUGUACAGCGUGACCGACCGCGGUCGCUUACGCCUUCCCGCGUUCUCCCGCGUUCCCUCGCCCGACGCCAGUUCUGGGGAAUCUCGCGCAUCGUCCAAGCGCCGCAACCGCUCGCCAUCCGACGAUGGGUCCCCCUCCGGUGAGCAGGACGAGCCCGCAAAGAAGAAGACCAGGGGAAAGAAGAACGAACCGGGGCGAAAGAAAGCGAUGAGCAAGAACAAGUAG